UUAACUUUGUGAAUUUGUAGUUUAUAACCCCCCUCCCAACUUUGUUUAAUUUGGCUAGUCAAAUCACUCUUAGCUGCCCAGAAACAAGGAGAGAGGGAGCAAAGAUAAGAAGAAAUUUCACAAAAAGGUAAUUUUCCUUCUUCCUAGAUCUGAAUAAUAUGAAAACUCAGCAUAACUAUGCGGAUCACACCAUAAUUGUAAUUAACUUUGUGAAUUUGUAGUUUAUAAGCCCUUCCAACUCUGUUUUGGCUUCUCAAAUCACUCUUAGUUGGCCAGAAACAAGGAGAGAGGGAGCAAAGAUAAGAAGAAAUUUCACAAAUUAAAAGAAUACAUCGAAGAUCAAGACGAGCUAAUUUGAUGAGAAGAAGGGAGGAUUGAAUCAAAAAGUCGUUCAAGACGAGCAAAGAUAAGAAGAGAAAUCACAAAAGGGGCAGUUUGGUGGAAGCAGAAACAUGUCGAAGGCUCUCCUCUUAUCGAUGAUACAGAAGCUCGACACUGCAGAAAUAGCCGAGAACAAAAAAGAGAGAAGGGAAAGGUUAAUUAAAGAGAUGAGAAAGAUUGUGGAUAUUGUGAGGGAUAAGCAAUUGAAAGAGGGGAGAAGCCUCAAUUUUUUGGUAUGUGACCUUGUCGAUGUGGCUGACCAUGCCAUCGACCUUUUCACACAAAAAAUGACCUUUCGUGGGGCCUUUGCAUCCAUCGGUAGUUGGAUGGGAGAGAUCAAAAAACAGAUGCUUAAAAUGGGAGACGAUGAUGAGUUCAACAUGAGAUCAUUAGAAAAUGUUGAUGAUGAUGAAGAUGACAAAUAUGUGGUGGGCCUGGACAAAGAUUUGGAAAUGUUGCUUAGCAAAAGGAUUAUUGGUGGGAAACAAUACCUGUCGACAGUUCUUAUCAAAGGGAUGAGUGGUAUUGGAAAGACAACUCUUGCGAGAGAAAUAUACAACCAUGCAUCCGUCAGUCAUCACUUCGACACCCGUGCAUGGGUUUCUAGUUCUACUUACUUCACUAUGAAAGAGCUACUUAUCAAACUCAUACAACAGCUAGAAGAUCCUCAGAAUCUCCAUACAUCUUCUUUAUUGGAGGAAAUGGACAACCGAAGCCUCCGAUAUAUGCUUCACCAACACCUGCAAGGAAAGCGAUAUUUGAUAGUUCUCGACGAUUUGCCCAAACAAAUGUGCUUCAAGUCUUUCAGGGAAGCUCUUCCAGAAGAAGACAAUGGAAGUAGAUUGCUGCUCACAAGUCACACGACACAUGUCGACAUACAUGUAUAUCCUGAAGAGGUUUAUAAGAUGAAUACUUUGGAUCCUAAGAAGAGUUGGCAAUUGUUUCUGAAAACAAUAAACCAUGGCAAUAAAUUAAUUGGUGAGCACAAAUUCCCAAUGAAGUUGGAGCAUAUGGGAAAACAAAUGUUGAGAAAAUGCGGCGGUCUGCCAUUAGCUAUAAAAGAGGUGGGAAAGCAGUUAGUAGAAAAGAAAAUCUCAGGGGAGAGCGAAUGGGAACAACUUCUUGAAUCUGUUGAUUUUGGUUCAACAUUGAAAUUAUUGGAACCAUUUUAUCAUCAACUAGAUCCCGAAGUGCAGCCAUGUUUCUUGUGUAUGGCCUUCUUUAAGGAAAAUACAACUUUGAGGCAUGAAAAGUUGAUAAAGAUUUGGGUUACAGGAGGAGUAGUACAGGCUUCAGAAUAUGAAUGUGGACGAUAUUUAGAGAAUUUAGUCAAUGAAUCUGUUAUUGAUGUCAAUGACAAGGGCACCAAGUAUCGCAUGAAUGUUGUGCUACACAUGCUAUCCGUCCAAAAAGCAGAGGAGGAAUUCAGUUUAGAGAUCCUAAGGAACAAUGGAAAUAAUCGACCCUCUGAGAGUCCACGUCAUCAUCGUGUUAUCAUUUGUAGCAGAGACAAGUUCAACUACUCCACGGAUCAAGAUAAGCAUCUUGUUUCUCUCUUCUUCCAUGGAGGUGGCUACUUGGACACUAGUCCAUCUUAUUGGAAGAGCUUUGAACAACUUAAGAUACUUGACUUGGAAGAUUUUGGGUUGAAGUUUUUACCGGAAAGUAUCUGCACAUUGAUGGAACUAAGAUACUUGGGAUUGAGAAACAAUUACAUAAAAGAGCUCCCAGACUCGUUGGGGUGCUUGGAAAAGCUUGAGGUUCUUGACAUAGCCCAAAACUUUAUGGUGGAGGUGCCAAAUAUUAUAUGGGAAUUGUGUAGCCUUCGCCACCUCUAUUUGUCUGAUGUGAUUUGCCGAAAUUUUGAGAUAGACGCGGUAUGGAAUCUGGUGACCUUAACCUACGUCUCGAUCGAUGAUUUGACAUGUGCGCUCUCGGGCUUACGCCUGCAUUUUCGGUUUAAGAAAUUGGGCAUAAAAGAAUUGGAUGGAAACUCAGAUGUAAGCAAGCUCUUUGUGUCAUUGGCUGAGUUGAAGAAACUUGAUCAUCUAAUCUUAAGAGGGUAUCGUUUCAGAUGCAUGCCUUGUUUGGAUGAGCUUGGUAUUCUAGAAAGUGUUCGUACACUCAAAUUGGAUGGACUCCUUGCCAGGCUUCCAAGGACUUUCCCUCCAAAACUUGGAUCAUUGACGUUGGUUAAUAGCUGUCUUGAUGAAGACCCCAUGCCAUUACUAGGGGAGCUACGCUGGCUAAAAUACCUCAAAUUGCGGAAUGCAUACACUGGUCAACAAAUGGUGAUUUUGGAUGACAGUUUUCCCAAUCUAAUGGUCUUGUGCAUCGAAGAGUUGUGGAAUCUGAGAAAUGUAUGUCGAGACCAUGGAAUGCAUCAGCUCAGGAAAUUAGAAAUCCAUGAUUGUCCAUAUCUGGAUACCCUCGCGGAGAUGACUGAAGGGAUGUACCAUCUGAGGGAGUUAAAUAUGGUGACAACCAAAAGCAUUGCAGCAAAGAUCAAGAAUUCACACUUUAUCUCCAAGAUAGCGACUGUGAGUAUCAAUCCUAUGAGCUAGAGCAGUUGGAGUUAAUUUGGAUAAUUGAUUUUUCUUCUCCGUUUGGUGGUUGUGUAUUUGUAAAUGACAUUUAGUUGCUUUGACAAUUGUGGUUUCUUCAUAUCUUGUUUGUAAUCUCUUCCUUCUUCAAAUAGAUCAUCAUUUCAAUUA